CCGCCGCCGCCGCGGCCAGCCCCGCGUCUCGGCCACGCCGGGCCGGUGGCUUGGCUCCGCACCGGGAGGCCGCUGGCUCCCGCGCUGUCCGCUGCCCCCGCUGACUCCGCGGCCGGAGCCCCAGACCUGGGCGCCACCGCCACGGGCCAAGCAGGUGAAGAAGCCACUCCCCUCCACGGCGGAGCUGCGGGGACACAUCUCACUUUCAUCAGCAUUGUUGAAAGAAGAAGAAAAAAUGCCGGUACUAUCUCCUGAGAUCAAAUUUGAGCCUUCUAAUGUCACCAGAAAUUCCAUUGACAGUUGUUUUCUCUUUGAGAGCAGUUGGAGGAAAGCAAUUUUAGAAACACAAAAGAUGAGGAAAGAAUAUACCACGGCAUUUGGUCUAGAAGACUUCAAAGAAUGUGUCAAAAUGCCAUUUUUACCAGGAUUGCAAAAUUGCCAAAAAAGUGUCAGUUCCACUCCGCUAGAUGUUCAUAAAAGACUCCUGCGGGCUGAUACUGAGAUGCCUCCUGUCAGCCAUUCUAGUGAGAAUAUGACAAGUAGCCUACAAGUAUUUUAUUCUCCCCUUCAUAUCACACAACGCCCUGUGAAAGAACAGUCUUGGCAAAGCAGGAUAAAGAAGACUAAGCCAACAUGCACUGUGACACCUCUUCAGGAGAAAUCAAAAGGUCUCUUAAGGCAUUCUAAUUCCUCUUCAAUCAAUUUUGGUUCAGGCUUCAGUGAUCCUCUGGCUGGAGCACCAUCUCAAUACUUACAGAGACUUUCCAGAAUGGCCAUUUUGGAGUAUGAUACUAUUCGUCAAGAAACAACCCGAAAAUCAAAAAAGGGCAAGAAACGAGAACUUCGAGACUGCUGAUUAUCAUAUGGUGUAAUGCUUUCUUCACCGACGUUUAUGGUUUAUAUUUUUUUCUUUCCUUUUUUCUUUUCUUUUUUGAUAUAUGAUGUGCAAUGAUUUAUGUAAAAAUGGAACUGUAAAUAGGAAAUAAAUAUUUUCUGUUAUAUACA